AGGUUCUGGGCCGGCCUCAGUCGCUGGCGGGCGGCGGCGGCGGGCGGAGGCGCUUCCCGGCUGCGCUUCUGUCGCGGUUCUGUCGCGUUGCUAUCGCCGAUCGCGGCUGGCGCUAGCGGACCCGGCGCUAUGGGGGUGACUCACGAAGCGGGGCUCUCCCCUCAGGACCCGUGCGGGGGCAGCCCGGCGGGCUGGAGCCGGAGCGCCCAGGUGCCACAGGGGAACCAGCGCGGGGCGUGCCCGGCGGCGCCCAGCGGAACAGAGACCGGGCACUGCCGGGCCAAGCCGGGCCCCGAGGGCGCGGGGAGAGCGCAGGACAUGGCAGAGUUCAUGGAUGACCUGACCCUCAGCUCGCCCAGGCAGCGCCCAUCACCGGCCGGCUCCGGCCGCGGCCGCUCGCGCUCCUCCAGCCGCUCCUCGGGCCGCUCCUCCGGCCGCUCCUCGCGCAGCUCCAGCAGCUCCAGCAGUUCCAGCUCCAGCCGCUCCUCGCGCAGCUGGAGCCGCUCCCGUUCGCGCUCCCGGGCGCGGCGCAACGGCCCCCGGCGCUCCCGGCGCUACUCGCGCUCCUACUCGCGCAGCCGCUCGCGCUCCCGCGGCCACCGGCGCUACCGCGGCCGCUACCCGGCGCGGCACUACCGGCACCGCUACGGCCGGCGCCGCUCGCGGUCCCGCUCCCGCGGCAGGGCCUGCUUCCGCCGCUCGUACUCGCGCAGCCGCUCGCGCUCCCGCGGCCGCCGCUUCUACGGCUUCGGCAGGACCGUGUACCCCGAGGCGUACCGCGGCUGGAGGAGCCGCUCCCGCACGCGCUCCCGCAGCCGCUCGCCGCUGCACCUCAGCGAGAAAGACAAGAGGGAACUCCUGGAAAUUGCAAAAGCCAAUGCUGCCAAAGCUCUGGGAACAGACAACAUCGUCCUGCCAGCAAGCCUGAGGAUCUCUGCUCCUGCCAAGGAGGUCAAAACAGAGAAGCAGGAGCGUGAGGAAGCCACGGAGUCAGCUGAGCACCCCGGGAGUGCAGCUGAGGACGGGAGCAAGGCUGGCAUGGAGAGGGCAACCAUCCAGAGGAGCAUCUCCUUCAGCCCCAAUAACACAAUGGCCAAGCCCGCCCUGCAGAAGCCCCCGAGCCAGGCUGUGGUCAAGGAGCCGGUGGUGUCCCCAGCCAGGGAGGAGGACAGGAAGGGGGGAAGCCCCUACGGGCAGUGGGUUCCUGUCAAGAGGGAGGAGAAGAAAACAUUCCUGAACUUCUCCCCCAAAAGCUCCCUGUUCCGGGCCCGCUGAGGGAGGCACUGUCAGACUGCAGCACUUCACACCCUCAGCACGGAGGGGAGAUCCUGAUGGGCUUGAAGACUUGUUAAUACUGAGUAUUUAUUUUGAGGUCUUAAUUUUUGGAAUCUUAGGUUUCUCUUUCAGAUAGAGAGCACACAGAUCCAGAAGCCACAGAUGGGAAUCUUGUGUAUAUUUGUAAAUAUUUUGUAUUGCUUUAUUGGACUAGGAUUUACAGGUGGGUAACUUUUUCUAAACCAUAGUUGAGUAGCUGUUCUUUGAGCACCUGGAUUUACAUUGUGUAACUGUUUACUUAAGUGAAUAAAGUUUAGUUUUGCACUGGC